UGACAGGAGGUCAAGGCAGAUGCUAGUGGGCCUUGCACGGGAAGAAUGGCCACCGUCCAUGUUGACAGGAGCCGGGAGGCCUGGCCCCGGUGGGCACCCCACAUGCUUCUCCCCGCUCGCUCCCCGGCAUAAGAUCCCCCUGGCCAUCCUGUGGGGCUGGGAGUGCUACUGUGUUUACCCCACGCCUCAGUUCAGCCUCCGGGAUGCCGUGGAUAGUGCGCUAUGUGGCCAGGAACCCAAGGCACAGAGGCUGGCUGGAUACUGUGAGGUCUACCAGAAGCCCGUGCAGGACACUCGCUGCACGGACCGGCAGUUUCUGCCCACCAAGGCCAAGGUGUUUGUGGCUCUGCUGAGCUUCCCGGGAGCCAGGAACACGUGGGUGCAGCACCUCAUUGAACACGUCACCUGCUUCUACACGGGGAGUUACAGCUUCGAUGGGACCCUGUACAACAAGCUGCCGUGA